AUGUUGGACGCAAUCACCGGGCCCGUCUCGGGGCCGAAGCGCAGUAGAAGUGCCAGCGAUUUGGAAACCGUGAAGGAGAACCGGAUUCUACACACUGAGAAGAUCAAGCAGGAAGAGUUGCCGUUUACUCCAAGACGUUUCCAACAGAUCAAGGCCAAUUGCUUGAAGGUGCAAGAGGAGAUUGAUGCCCAGCUUCGACUGCUGAAGCCCAAGCGUCCCGUGCGCCUCAGCGCCGGCGCUGCGAACGGCGGCUCCCGAAGCGGGUCGCCCCUGCGGCGGCGUCCGCAGACGCCGAAGGUGGGAACUCUGCAGGACCGUCUCCGACUGAAGAUCGCCCAGUGCCGUUCCCAGCCUGAACUGGUUUCAAACACAGCUUCCAAGCCGUCGCUGAGUAACUCGCGAUCCGUGGCGCUAGAGUUGGAACGAGAACUGGGGAAGGGACCGCUGAAGCCACAGGAUGUGGCACGUUUCUGCGAGAAGCGGGAACGCCGGCUGGCAGCGCAAGAGGCUGCACUGUCACGGCCCAGUUCCGCCACGAACUUUGUGCGUCGAAAUCGCUCGGGCUGUUUGGAUUUCAUGGCACGACGCGAAGUGCAGCUGGAAAUGCAAAAUCUGAGGCGCUGUGUGCGCGCUGACAUGGCCAAAAGGAAGCGCUUGGCAGAUUUGGAAGCGAUGCAUCAAGCAGCGGCGGAAGAUUAUUGGAAUCGCUUCUUUAAAGAGGAGAGUAUGAGCCACAGAUCGCAAGGCUUGAAUGAUGCACCACAGCAUGAAGAUCCAAAGGAGGAGUUGAGCGAAGAAGUGCGAGUGAAGCAGGCCUUGGAAAAUCUGGGAAAAUUCAUGCCGAGCAAAGUGAUGAAGCUCUUCACUCGACUCUUUGAUUACGAGCAGCUUUGUCAAAUUUUCAGUGGGGGCCUGGUGGAGCACAUGGCAAUGUCUUGCAGGCUCUAUGCCUUGGUUCGCCGGCUCAUCCACUGGUCGCGGGUGUGGAAGCGACACAAAGCUGCUGAUGUGGUGCGUGGCUUGAUGAAGAUACGCCCACCUUUGGGAUACCGAAUAAAGAUGCCGAUGCAACGCUAUUGUAAUCGCCUGCGGGGGUUUCAACGGACUUGGAGGAAGUUCCAGUGGCGUUUGAAGUCCAUGAUCAAACACAUCUAUGAGAAGAUGUGGUUCCGCCAGGAGAAUGAGUUUCUGGACGAUGUCUUCAUGUUCUGCCCAGGGGACCUCCAGACCAUAGUCACCUGCCCAGAGUUGCUGGGGCAGGAGCCUGACACCUAUAACCUGCCCAGCAAGGACCAUCGGAAGACUUCAGCGCCUAUACUAUUCGGGAGGUCUAAACCAAACAAACGAGGAGGCAUGGGUACAGAAGGUAUGAUGAAACAGCUUUUGCUGGAUGCCUUCAGCCACAAGAAGAGAGAGCACCAGUUUCGGCCGGACGUCGCCAAAGCGAUCAUCACCCGCGAGUUGUUGGAGCGUUUGUAUCUGCAUGCCCAGCGCCUGCCUGUUGGAGUGAGCCGCUCCAAGGAGCUUCGAAGGACCCCCAGUGGCAUCACCUACGGCUUCCCCAGUGCCGUGGUGCUCAGACGGAAAGAUGUGGACGAAUUGAUCUGCAGCGCUCAUCAAGCAUGCGGCGUGAGACCGACGCAAGAAGAACAGUGCGAUCAGAUUUUGCCCUGUCCGGCUUGGCGUGUGAAGGCAGCCAAGAAACUGCUCAUGUCUACUCGCACCUUGCGCGAGGGCAUCUUGGAUCGUCGCACCGCCGCAAACGUUGCAGGUGACCUGCCAACACAAAUGGCCUGCCAUGGGUCUCCCAGAAAAGUGGAUCAGUUCACUAAUAGGUACGCUUUUUUUUGUUCCCCAUUUUGGUUUCCCUGGCCCGGACAGGCUGCAACGCCCCCCUUCGUUUUUGAAUUGUAA